GUUUCUUGAAUGCACCCCAAGCUGCACUACGACUACCAGGAAGCAACAAGAACUGACACUGGCGCGUUCAUUGAAAAUUAACCCCGGGCAAUCAACGUUGUCAACAACAGAAAAAACGGACGAACUGAGGCUACUGAAAAUAUAGUUAUCAACCCUUCGUUGGGUUAUAAUCAUACACCGGCCAUGGAGAUACGAUCUCUCAUUAGGAAAAUUGGUCAUUCUUUGUUGGAGAUCAGAGUUCGUGCUCUGAAGAGCAUCAUAUGUAAACUGGACCAUUUCCUAUUGUCCAUUUCUGAUGUGGUCCAAGAGAGAAUGCUAUUCGUCCUUCUCCUGGAAUGGUUUAACUUUCCUGAGGUGCCAAUGCAAGAGGAGGUCCUUCAACUGCUGAAAACACUAUCUAAGCAUGAGACAGGAGCCCAGAUGCUGAGAGAUGUUGGGGCAGUGGAGUUUUUCACACAACUCUCCCCCAACGUGGAGCCCGAGUUAAGGAAUGUUGUCGAUGGCAUCGUCGACCAGCUGUUUCAUCUGCCUGAUCUGUUCACUGCGGGUCCGACUGUCUCCUCCCAAGAACAGGCUGUGAUGACCUCUACAUUCCCCCCAGAGCAGAGUGCUCCAACAGUUGGUUACUUCCAGAGCGGCAAGCCAAACCAGGCAGACAUUCCACCACAGAGAAAAGCAGUGAGUAACACUGUGAGAUGCUUAAAGUUUUCUACAUUCCCUUGGCUGACUUUGACCACUACAGACCGACACAUACUGUCAUCCAAUGAGAGCUCUUUGAGGAGUAACAACCACAACCUGGUCCGUACCACAUGCGAGCUCCUGCGUGAUGUCAUCAUGCAGGACUUCCCAGCUGAGAUCUUCCUCCAGAGACCCAGCAUAGUCCAGAACCUUCUGUCCCUCUUAAGGCUGGGUGAGGGGGAGGCAGGCUACUUACGCCUGCAGGCCGUGUCCUGCCUGCGACAGCUCAGUGUGGCUCUUAGAACCAGACUGCGCUUCCAUCGAGACCCCAGCUUCUACUCGGCAAAGCAAGAUCCAGUGUCCCAGAACUCGUCCAUGUCCUACUCCCAGGACGUCCGUGGGACCCAGGUCCAGCGCUCCUUGGCCUCCUCUCCUGGGGCGGAGUGCUCACCCAGGCCCUCGGUCGUGGGCCGCACAGGCCAGAGGGCCAGCGGGGACGGCCAGGACGGCGACGCCGCCUCCAGCAGCGGCAGCUCUCGUGGAGCUGGAGGAGGCUCCCAGGCCUUGAGGCAGAGCCCCCAGUCUCCUGCGGAAGCUGCCCAGCUGGAGCUGCCUGACCUGGGGGCAGAGGACGUGUUGGAGCUGCAGCUGCAGCAGCUCAGCUUGCCCCAGUUCGCAGUCACCACCAUGGAGCACGCCAUACCCCUGCUCAGGACAGAUGGUGUGCGUGUGUUCCAGCGUGUGUUGGAGCUUUUGUGUGAGACCUUAGUGCUGCUGGGGGACAGUGUGUGUGAGCUGGUCUGGGAAGACCACAGCCUGGUGGGAAUGGAUCUGGCAAAGAAGCUGCAGAGCAGUGUUGCCGAGAUGGGAGAGAUCCUGAGAUAUCACCAGAGCUGUCCAGCCGAUAGUCCUCCCGGCUGCCUGCUCCACCACCGGAUGGCCUACGUAGGCACGGCCGUGUUCAGCAUCAGGCUCCUGCAGACCGUCCUGCCUCUGGAGAAAGCCAGUGAGAACCUCCCAGAGAGCACUGCGGCCGUCCUCCUCCCUCUCUGCCUGGACAGGCCCUUCAGCCUGGUGUUUCCCAGCAUGCACGAGGCGGCCGUGGCGUACCUGGAGCAGGUGAAUUCGGACGGCCACGCCCUCUACCGGAGGGUGACCCGUGCGGCUCUCUGGAUGGAGUCCACCUGUGCCUUCCUCAAAGAGACGCAGGCUGAGGGGGAGAAGAACUGGCUGGAGCUCCUGGAGCUGGCAGACCAGGCCGUAGAGGGGCUUCCAUUUCACCAGCACCUGCCCAUCAUCAAGGAGUGCAUAAACAUCUGCUCCAACCUGUGGAAGAUUGACCAGGCCAGCCCGUUACUAAAAACAGAGAGUCAGAAGGUGUUUCUCAAGCUCCUGUCCCACCCCCUUCUCCCGGUGAAGACUGAGACCUACUCCUGCACCCUGACUGUGGUCAAGGAUUGUCUGUGGGUUCAGAAUAAGUCCAAGCCUGGGUCAUCAGUCUGCGCUGGGGUCCGCUUCCUGCUUCAUGCAAGAGUCCUCUAUGAGAUCAGUGCCUUUGGCCUCCAGGACCCAGCGGAGAAGGUGAAUGCGGCUGCCAAGGAUAUCCUGCUGUUCCUGCUGAAAGGGAGAUUGAUGAUGACAGCCUCCACCUGGGAUAGAUUCAACGAGGCACUUUACCCAGUCAUCCCUAUACUGCAGAGUUAUGCAGACACAGAGGAUGCGCUGGGAAACUGUGUGCUGCUGAUAAGUGAAGUGUCAAAGCUGGGGAGAGACGACCUGGUGCCAAACACCACCAGGUUGAGAGCAGCGCUCCGGCUCCUCUUCACUAAACAGCAGACGGUGAGAGUGAAAGCGGUGGAGCAGCUGGUCUCCUACCUGGCCAGUGAUGAGGCCCUGGCCCUGGCCACACUACCCUCCAUCUUCUGCCUCAGCAGAACCCUGGACAUCACCCUGGACAGCAGCAACAGGUCUUUCCUUAAGGCCGAGUCCGUGGAGAAGCUGUUUGCCAUCUUGACCUCUGACAGCGUGGACUCCACCCUGCGCAGGUCAGCUGCCGAGCAGCUGGCCGUCGUCCUGCAAGACACAGCCAUGCACCCUGUGCUGAAGAGUCUAGGAGUGGCCGACACAGUCACGUCCUUCAUCACAGAGAGCGUCAGCGGGGACGUGAAGGGCCCAGGCAGCCUGCUGGAGCCCUGUGUGUGUAUCCUGAGGAAGCUGGUGUUUGCAGACCGCUCCCUGAGGCACAGGCUGGCAGAGCAGAACGGUCUGCUCCUCGCUCUGCUGAGGGCUACACUGCUCAUUAAGGAGAAUGGAGGAGAUGUGCGCGAGUUGGCUGCUUUAAUGUGCUUGCUGCUCUUUGAUGAGAUAGCCACGGUAGACACAUGGUGUGACAAAGCGGGCACGUCGUCUCUCUCGCCCUUCUCUCUCCCUGUGUCAGUACUACGCAGGUACAAUCUCCCAUUUCAAUCUGCCUCCCAUCAUGCGGUCAGCCCCCACUGCUCAGUCCUGCCCCCCUCUGCUGACCUGCUGUCCCUCCCCCCAGCCCGACACGCCCUGCAGCUGGCCUGGAACUCUGCAUGGCACUCUGGGAUAGACAACCUCCUGGAGGAACGCAGCAGCAUGGCCGACUUCCACAGUGACCUCAUCCUAUCAGAGGCGCAGGUACUGUUGCUCCGGGCAACGCACCUCCCCAGCGGCCUGCAAGACUGCAUCCAGGCCAUCGUCAUGGCGGCGGGACACAGGUCUGUGACCUCUGCUGUGUCCAGGCUCCGCCUCUACCGGCUUACUGAUAGGCUGGCCCUCAUGCACGCCCACACACCGGGCUUCCGGAACACACUGAGUUCACUCACCUGGCAGCCGGCCAUCGCAAGGUUUCUGCAGGUGCAGCCAGCAUGCAUGGAGGACGAGAGGUUGCUGGUGGACAUUGUAGCGUUUCUGAACGGCCACUUCGAGCAGCCUUGUCCUGAGUCUGAGAGGGAGGACCAGGAUCUGCGCUGGAUCAUGGAGCUACUCCUGAACCAGGAAACAAACUCCCUGCUGGCCCCUCUGCUGGGCACGCAGCCCCACACACACGCUCAGACGCAGGCUCAGACGCAGGCUCAGACACAGGCUCAGACGCAGGCUCAGACGCAGGGGGAGUCUGAGGAGGUGAGGAACCUGCUUCACCAGAGACUCCAGAGAGAACUCACCUCCUUCUUUAACACACUGCUGCGCCGCCUCCAACACACCACCGACAGGCUGUGUCUGACUAUGGCAGGCCCGUUUGAGAGCCAGUUGGCCAUGCGUUUGCUCCAGAGCCUGCGCGUGUCGGACGCCCCACGCUUCUAUGGGCUGCCCAGCCUGGAGAGGACUCUGCUGGGCAUGGUCCACCUGACGGCCCGGCCUGGCUGGAGCUCCCAGUGCCACUCACUGGAACCCCACGCGCUCCGUCUCAAGUACCUCAGCGGCCUGCUAGAGGUCCUCUCCUCCUUCUACGUGGAGUGGGGGGGCAACUCCAUGUCCUUCAUGGGGAAAGGAGUCACCAAGAAUGCAAUCAUCUGCCUGCUGCAUCUGUCCCAUGAGAUGAUCGCAGAGGGCAAGGACAAGGACUUCAUUUCCCAGUGGUCUUUGGGGCAUGAGGCGGGUUCUGAGGAGCCCAGUGGGUCUCAGUUGGGUCUGGCUUGGCUCAUUCCUUUGUGGGUAGACCGAGACCCAGAGGUGAGGUUUGCCAGUCUGGGGGUGGGCUCCUCCCUGUCCUGUCUACCUAGUGGGUGCCAUGCUCUGUGUGCCAGCUGCCACAACGUCAGUGGGGGCCUGUGGGGUACCCUGCUCAACAUCCUGCUGGACCGACAGGAGAGCAGCAUGGUCCGCAGAGAGGCAGCAUUUAUCCUGCAAAAUCUGUUGGUGAUGCCCAUGCCUGCCAACGCAGACGAGGCCAAAGACUCCCCCUGGCAGAACCCGUGUGUUCAUGACGAGGCAUCCGGGGUGUCCUUGGUGGGCCUGCCUGCCCUUCAAGCCUUGCUCUACCACUGCCAGUUCUUCCAGCACCUCUCCCUUAUGGCCUCCGCGUGCUACCGUGGACGCUACACCUUCCCCCUGCAGCCCCCCCCCCCUGCCCCCGCCCCUAGCCCACAGGACGGGCACGAGGCGGAGGACUCUCUGAACCUGUGGAGGUCCUGUGCUCCUGCUGCCCAAGACCAAAGCAGGGCCUCUGGCUCCCUGUCCACCUCCAGCACUCUGCUCCUACCUGGGGGGUCCAGACCUCACUCCCCUGCAGCCACCUACUCCUCUGGGACUGCCCAGGACACACCUGCCAGCAGACUUAUGGCUCAAGGCCAGAGUGACACAGAUACCAGCAACUCUGUCAUGUCCCAGGAUUCCCGGCUAGGCGACCCCUCAGCCGAGGCCUGUGCCAUCGUGACCCCUGACCUCCUGUCAGCACUGUGCAGCCUCCUACACAACCUGCUGGCCGUCCUUCCAGACUUCACCCUCGGAGCGCUGCAACACAGCCAGCUCCUCCAAUCGCUGGCCAGUCUGGUGGACUCGAGGGCCAUAGAGCGCUGUGUGUCUGAGCUGAGGAGCUCCCACACCCCCCCUGGAGACAGGGAGGACAUCAGGAGUCAGGUUCUCACCCUGCUCCAGUACCUGUCCAGCUACUGCAAGCUGCUGCAGACGUGUGUCGUGAUCAGCAAGGAGCUGAUUGGUCAGGCUGACUUCCUCAAACCGCUGCUGACCAAUGUCUUUGCUGUCCUCACGCUCGAUAACAAAGACUUGGACGUGCCUGUCCAGGCUGCGGUGUCUGUGUGCUGGACAGACCUGUUGACGCUCCUGGCUACGCUGGUUAGGAGGGACGGCUUCAAGGCUCAUCCAUCUGUCUGCGCUGUGCUGGGACCAAGCUGGCUAGCAUUCACAGACACGUUAUCUGUGUGUGUGGAUCACUCGGAGCUCCCUCUCCACGUGGCGGCGCUCGACUUCCUGUGUGUGCUGCUCUCUGAGGAGGCUCACAGACGCUCCCUAAAGGUCACCCCCAUGACCCCGCACCCUGUGACGCCCAUCUCGGAGGCCCUGAACGGCGCCCCCGGUGGCCAGAUGUGUGAACUUCUCCUACAGAGCUUUGAGAAGAGGUCCUUCCAGGACCCGGUGAAGAAGCUGAGUGCCAGAGCCCUGGCAGCCCUGCUGGCCUGCAGCCCCACAGCUCAGGACCACGCAGCUAAGGCCGGCCUGAUGGACAGCUGUGUGGAGCAGCUGAAGCAGAGCCAGGCCCAGCUGCAGCUGGAGUCUGUGAGGCCGGGCAGAGCAGUUCCCAGGAGGAAGGAGGAGAGCUACAUGAGGGAGGUUAAGAUGGCUGCCGAAAUCCUCAGGAAUUGUCUUUACCACAACGACGAGUGCAAAGCUGUGGCUACUGAUGCUCGCCUCGCCGCCGUGCUGCAAGCUCUCUGGCCCUGGCUCCUGGGGGACGACUCUGCCAUGGAGGCAGCGCUGGAACUGCUGUGUGUUUACACCGCCAGCUGCACUGCAGCAUGCAGUGCUCUGUGCAGUACUGGUGGUGUGGGUGUGGCUCCUGGCCCUAGAGGAGCUGGCUCCCUCAUGCACUUGGUGAUGAGGCUGGCCUCAGGGCUGGCCUCUGAUCUCAGCCUGGUCCAGAGGCUGGCCUUCUCCUUGCUGGCCAACCUGGCUGUGUCUCGAGACUGCAGGGGCAUUCUGCACAAGAGUCAUUUCCUGCAGGGCUUCCUGGCUGUUCCAGUCCCCAAGGCAGGCGGGGGGAAGGCGGGGGGUCUGCUGGGGCUGUGGCUGCGCCUGCUGGUGUGCCUGACGCAGGGCGAGGACGGCCAGCUGAACGUCCUCAGGCUCAACGGAGCUCUGGAACUGCUGGCCGACGUCGCCGGGCAGCAUCGCCACGGCAACAGGCCGCUGGCGGCCGACGCCAUCCUCAUCCUCCACAACGUCUGUUUCAGCUCGGCCAACAAGCCCCGCCUCCUCGCCAACGACAAGGCGAUGAAAGUGUUGGUUUCCUGCCUGGACAGUAAAGACACAGAUAUCCAGUCCAUGGGGGCCUCAGCCCUGUGGGCCCUCCUCCACAACAACCAGAAAGCCAAAACCACUUUGAAGUGUCCUUCAGUCAGAUUCCUGGUCGAUGAGGCCUACGCUGCCACUAAGAAAGAUGCAGAGAAAAAGCAAAACCCUAUAAAUGCCUACUUGCUGAAGUGCCUUGAAAGCUUGUCCCAGUUGUUGAAUACCUGAUGCUGAUGACAAUAUAUAAUAUUUUCCUAUUUUAUAAAAUGUAAAAUGUUAACUGUAUUUGUAUGUUAUUUAUGUUUACAUUGAAUAGUUUGUGUUGAUGUUUGUUAGUUUUAUAGAAUGUGAUUGAAUCAGGCAAUAAAACGUCAGUG